AUGGGCUCUCCAGGCGAAGGAGGUCUCUCUGGCUGCCUGAUUGAUUGUUCUAUUAUGCACAAAGCGCAAACAGACACCUCCUCCUUUCUCCUUUCGGAUAUCAAAUGGCCUUCUGAAAAUCGGCACGUAUUAUACUAUGCCACCACACAAUCCAAUAUCCGUUGGGGCAUGAAAUGA